AUGUCCAGCCCCGAGCCCCAGCCAGCCGUCGGCAGCGGCGAUUGUGGCCCCGGGGACAGGUCGCCGCCUUGCGUGCAGGGGGUGCGCCUCGACCUGACUGCGCUAGGACUGAGGCACCUGCCCGGGCUGCCUGAUGCCAGCGAGCUGAUGCGCCUUGAGCUGCCGCCCCGCGGAAAACUGCUCGACUGGUUUGAAUUUUUGAGCAGGCCCGGCUGCGCCUCGGCCUGCGGCUUUGGACAGCUUGGGCCUGAUGCGGUUCUGCUCGCCCCGCUCAUGCACGGCAGCGGCGGCGGGGGCGGCGAGGGCGUGUUCAUACGCACGGCCGGGGGCGACCACGGCAACCAAGUAGUGGUGUCCGCCGCGGUGUUUGCGCCCAGCACGGCCCGCACUGCCAUAGACCUGUGCACCAUAGAGUCCGAGGCCCAGGCCCUUGAACUGCUGGCACUGCCUCCCCCCACCAAGCGUGUGACGAUGUCGGGGCUGGUGCCGGGGGGCAGGGCGCCCAGGGCGGAGAUUGAGUUUGGCCCGGACGGUGAGUUUCAGGCGGUGGUGCUAGGGACCGGAUCCUUGGUGCCGGCCGUGGAUGUGGAUGAGAGCAAGGCGCGACGGCGGAAGCGACAGCGCAUGCAGCAGCAGCAGCAGCAGCAGCACCAGCAGGCGCAUGGGGCGCAGGAUGGCGGGACAUGGCGGGCGGUGCUGCUGCAGCAGGCCUUCCUUGUUCUGCACUGCCUUGUCGCCAUGGCAGCAUUCUGCUGGGAGCCGUCCACGCGCGAUCUCGAGCAGCCGUCGGCGGCGCGCGGGCCCGAGCCUGAGCCAGAUUGGCUGGCCUCCGCGUGGGUGCUGGCGCUCGCGGGCGGCGCCGUCCGGGUGCCGAUGCCCGAGACCGUGGGGCAGGCCCUCCUUGAGCUGCUCGACCGCGACAGCUCCGCCAACACGUCGCUGAGGACCGCCCUGGCGUCGGCCUCGGCGCGCAGCCGCGAGGGGCAGCAGGGCUGA